AAUUAGUCGCGUUGCUGCUGCCGGAGGAGAGGGAGGGGGAAAGAGCAGACCCGGGAAGCUCUCGCUCGCUCGCUCCUCGCAAGUCGCCCGCGGCUUUCGGAUGUCCCGGCACCGCCGCUCGACCCCCUGCGAGCCAAGCCCGGCCACCGGAGGCACGGCUCACCGCUCGGCCUCCCCCGCCUGGAAGACGGUGCAGCCAAGAGUGAGGAGGAGAGAGGACUAACCUCGUCCCCAGACCAGGAGUUUUGGGAAGAAAAAAAGAGGAUUUUGCAGAUUUUGCAAAGCGAUCGACGGAUCGCCGAGAAAACUGUUAACUUUGCCGAGAAGGAUUGAUAAAGGCUAGAGAGGCGGCCAGGCAGAGGGAAGGGGGGCCCCGCCGCCCUCGGGAGCGCUCGCCCCCCGAGGCAUGGAUGCGAGCGCCCUCCCUGCAGACCAGAUCGCGGCUCCGCGGGCGCUAAGCGGGAGCGCUGCCCCCCGGCUGCCCCUUCGCCUCUCCGCGCGGCCCAGCCUUCCAGUAUGUUUCUUUUCAUGAGGCAUCUCCCAGCGGCCAGAGCUUCGGGACAAUGUGCAAAUGGAGACUGACACAGGGUGCCUCAGCCGUCGCCCACCUGCCUUCCUCCUCCUCCUCCGGCUGCUGCUUGCUGGUGCUCCUCUUCUGGAUGUCGGCCCUGGCCCUGCCCUGCCAUGAGCCCGGCCGGGACAUGCUGCUCCCCAAGGGCACCAACUCUUCUUCGGCCUCCGCCUCUUCUUCUUCCGCCGCCUCUCCUGCCAGCGCCGGGAGACACGUGCGGAGCUACAACCACCUCCGCGGAGACCUGCACUGGAGGAAGCUCUAUUCCUACAACAAGUUCUUCCUGCGCAUUGGGCAGGACGGGAAGGUCAGCGGGACCAAGAGCCACGACUGCCCCUACAGCAUAUUGGUGAUUACAUCCGUAGAAACUGGAGUUGUGGCAGUAAAAUCCAUUAACAGCAACUUUUACCUAGCCAUGAACAAGCACGGGAAAGUCUAUGGUUCCAGAGUCUUUAACAAUGACUGUAAACUAAAGGAGAGAAUAGAAGAAAACGGAUAUAAUACAUAUGCAUCAUAUUCCUGGAAAAACAAUGGAAGGCCAAUGUUUGUGGCAUUGAAUGGAAAAGGAGCCACCAAAAAAGGAAAUAAAACAAGAAGGAAAAACACCACAGCUCACUUUCUUCCGAUGGCUGUUGAGCCACAGAUAGACCUGUUCUAUUGAUAGCAGUUGAACCAAAGAUCAUUUGUCAGGAAUACUUGGUAAUCCUCUUGAAGAGGAAAGGCAGAAACAGUGCAGACAUCUGCUUGAUUGAAAAAGGGGUGGGGGAGGAAGCCUUUGAUGGUUUUGUACUCUCUGCUGGCACAUGAAGUACUUCUAAUUAGGUCUGUGUCAUAUCUUAUAAUCAAGACACAAGCCGGAUCAAAUGGGAUAGGAGCUCUUUCCAGUGUGAACAAAUUAUUAUUAUUAUUUUUAUCUCUGCGAUAGAACUUAAAGGACAGUGUAUUGAAUGAUCUUCGGGGAAAGUUAUUUAUGGAAUACUAACUCAUAUCAAAGACCUUUAUUGCUCAUUCGAGCCUAAUGAUCCAAUGAACAGUUAGGCACGCAAGCAUUUACUGGAAGCACAUGGAUCAUACGCAGAAAUAAAGGAGAUUCUGGAAUGGUCUUGUGGAAGAAAUGAAUAGGAUUAAGAAAUAUAAGCACAUUAGAGUAAAACUGUUCUAACAAAAUAAAUAGUACGGUCUCCCUUUGUAUGCUAACGCCAUGCCUUUGUACUUCUCCCUAAGUUAUUUAUUUAAUAGGAUGUUAAAUAUCUUUCUUCUUUUUUUGUUUGUUUGAAGGAUUUUCUCCAUUGCUUCCCGUUUUCGUAAUUGUUCUUUUCCUCCUCUCAGUAUUUUGUGCCCAGUUGUAUGUCGAAAGCACCCACAGGUAUGUCUGAGAGUAGGGAAUGGACAAAGGUUAAAGGAAAGUGUAGGGUUGUGGUUUGUGUUUAAUCUUGGGAGUUUUUUUCCCUCCUCCUCUUGAAACUGAGUUUCUUUUUAAUUUUGCACUUACAAUCAGUAGGAUCAGAUAUGCAUGGGAAUUGCAACUGUGUGUGGUUUUGUCAGCAUCCUCAAUGCUUCCUCUGCCCCCCACAGGAACGGUAUUUCCCAUAAUGCAUCAUCUGAAGAGUCGUGCUGCUGUUUUGAAAUGGACAGAGUUGAACGGAUAUCAUGUGUUCAUCUCUGGCUUAUUUCAGUUCAAUGCUCAAUCCCAGAGAUGUUGAAAUAUAAUUGGAACUAUUCAGCAGGAUUUUUUUAAACAAAUUGAGAAUGCAUCCUACUGCAUUUUAAUUCCCCCCCCCCCAAAAUUUAAGUUGAAUUAAGCCUGUGGAUAUGGUAACAUCUAAGGGCAGAAUUUGUCUGCCCCCUUCUACCCCUAAAAAAAGUAAGACAAAAAAGAGCCAAAUCUUUUGACUGCUAUCAAACUACUUCAGAAGAACUCCAAUGACAACAUACGUGGUUUGGAAAUUGCAGCCUGUUCUCUGAAUAACUUUCCCUUAGUUCCACUGAGUUUUAGAUCUUACAAAGGAGCUGAAGAAGCAGAAUUGAGUCAUUCUUCCAGUGUCCCAUCCAAAGCAAGAACUUAAGAUAUCCUCCAGGAAAGAUGUGUGUGCAUCAGAUAUAAAUAUAGCUCAUUCACAUCUUUCAAGGGUAGAAGGUGAGCAAGUUUCCAAAAAGAGAAGUAGCAUGCACCAGCUAUGCUGCUUUUGUGCUAUAUUUGGUAGCUGCCCUAAAACAGUUUGUAUCAUCUUAGGAUGGCAGUAUGAGUCCUGUUGAUGUCAGAAGGCAAAAGAAGGACUAGAACCCGCUGCAACCCUAUUGGUACAACUGGGAAUGUUUGUUUAAGCAAAGAUGUAGGCUUGGAUCCAGAGUCACGUGUGUUCACCAGAUGCUGCCCCCACUUCCCUCAAGCUACUUGCUUUUUAAAAGCUGGUGGCAGUGGCUCAAAAUGGCUGAAAGUGUACCGGGCAUGGUCAGCUGAGAAACCUUUUGUGCAAAGCCAUUGACAGACUCUAAAUACUGGGCUUCUGUGAACAAGACCCAGGGCUUGUCUCUUACUGCUCUGUGUCAACAUUGUACUGCUUGUGAGAGGGGGCUGGAACAUGAUAUCUACUCUAUACUGUUUUCGUUGUAUCCCUAUCUCAAUGUAUCCCACUGAAAUGGUUCCAUUAGACCGAAUGCUCCCUCAAUCAGCAACAUUCUGUCUGCCGUGCAGUGGCUGUGUAAUCUAAUGAGGGACAGUGACAGGUCCUAUCUGGGCAGCCUCCGUGGCCCCAGUGUGAAAAAACAUUCUCUGCCUUCUGUAAGGCAAUUACAAAAUCAAUUUUCAAUCACCUCAGAAAAAUAGUGACAUCCAAAAUCGAAACUUGCCUUCUCCCCCAACUGCACCUCAGUCACAGGUACACAAAGGGCAGAAUAUAUGUGAAAACUGGUUCUGGAUUGUACCUCUUUUGAAUGUGGUAGGAAUUGCAUAUGUGAAUACUAACCCUAUUGCCCCAUUGUCUGUCUCCUUGCAGAAUUUUUUAUUAGGCCUGAGAAGGGUUUUCUCAGAGACAAUAUAGUUUUACUUAGUAUUACCUGAAAUAAUAAUGGGGACUGCAAUAGCAGACUGAAUCCAGUCAGCAGAUAAGGACCUCAUUAUGGUGACAAAGGAGAGACUAAAUCCAGAAAAUACUGAAUUUCAGAGAUAAAAAGAUGAUGAAUCUUUUCCUCCUAAUAUUGUUAUUUAAUUGUUAUUGUUGCAACAAGAAAUGGCUAUGGGGGUGUAGUUGGAGUUCUCCUAAAAUAGAUAUAUAUUGUAGUCAGCCACCAUCUUGGAAGAUACUAUAAGAGUAAGAAUCCCCCCUGAUUCCUCACCCACUUUAGCCAGUGACAAGUCUUUCCCAUAUGUCUCAGAGGUUUAGCAUAACUUUCCCCCAAAUGAUAUUUCUCUGCAUGUAAAGAAAGAUUCUCUUUACUAUGGAAGAGUUAUUCAGACAUGGAGUCCCUGUCUUGGUAUCUUAAGUGGUGCAAUCCAGAAACAGUUAUAUCAUGUGGUUGGCUGUUUGUACAGCGCACUAAGACAAAGGGAGAACUGGUUGAUUCCUUUAUCCUUUCCAUUCCAACACUGCCUAGGAUAAUCACACCAAAGUGAACAGGUCUACUCUAAAGUCAGCAACAAGGACUGCAGCCACUAUUAGUCAUAUGUGUAUAUAACUUUUGAGAGCCAAUCUCAAUAUAACAUCUGUGUUCUUCAUUUAUCAUAAUGUAUACAGUGGCUCUGAAAUGCAAUAUGGGACACAUUUUUAAUGGAGUGCUCCUAUUUUCACAGCUUACACCAAAUAAAUGCAGUCUUCAGUUAAACAUACUAUCAACUUUGUUCAAUCUGAGAAAAAUAACUAUAUGAUUUUUUUUUGUUUUACUUUUUUUGUUUAACAUUAGAGAGCUGUGGAUAGUUCAUCAGUAUAACCAAGAAAUUUCAUUUUGUUAGAUCAAGUUAAGUAGAAACAUUACAUCAAGCCAACCUGUACCACACUCUUCACAUUGUAUUCCACUAAAUAAAUUAAUAAACGUGUAUGUCUUCUUUGCAGUGUCUGUAGUGAGGAACAGAAGUAGUUUUAAGAAUAUUAAUUUUGUGAAUCAAAAUGCGUUAAGGAAUUAUAUUGAUGCUGCAGUUUUGUCUUCAGUCACAAAAGAAGUCUGUUCUGUUUUCUUAGUAUUCAGAAAUGGCAUUUUUGGUACAAAGGAGAGACUUACUAAUUGUGUCCCUUUUAAAAAAUAUGACUGGUAAUCUAUGAAGGCUGGUAAUUUUGUGAUCUGUUAACUUAUUUGAGUCCCUAUAAAACAUGGCCUUCAUACCUGGGAGUGGGGGAGAUAAGGGCCAUCCUAUGGGAGGAAUACUAAUAAAAACCUGCUGUCCUUCCCUCACCCGUCCUUUAGCACACAUGUAACACCAUACCAGUGCCACUAUCAGAAAUGGGACUUACAUGCACAUGUCCUAUCCUUAUCCAGCCCUUCUUUGCAUCUGUGCGCAAGUUACAAGGUAACUUUGGGGGAUGGGCAAGAGGGCACUAUUAAGCCCUAAACCUAUUGUCCCUUAUGUAUGUGCUGGGUUAGAGAUAGACUGGGCUAGACUAGAGCAUGUCUCAAAUUGUCUCCUCAUACUAUCAAUGAUCAGGCUAUAGUUCAUGUAAUUAAAUAUGUUUGCUCUAUGAAAAGGGUGUUAGUCCAGCGCGUAGCCCGGUGAAAUGACUGGGAAUACAUUAAGGGUUUUGUGCAGGUUUCUCCUUUGUUUCAAUGUGGCUUGCCUAGGAGAAGCAUCCUAAUGCGCUAGGCCCAAGCUCAAGCGGAGAAGAUAAAGCAUUUUGGCAUGUGGCUAAUAUAUAUAUCAUUAAUUUUGCUUGUGGAUGAAUGGAAUGUUAAAAACAUGUAAAACGACCAGCAGAAGAAUUUGUGGAUGGAUAUUUGAGAUAAAUAGAGCAUGUUGUGACUAAAUACGCUUGUCAUAUCAGGAGAGCACUUUCCUUAUGUUGUUGUUUAUUUCCAAGUGAUAAUUGCAUCUGACAAGGCAUGGUGGACCACCCGCAACAAAAAUUAAAUGUUUGGUUGGCAAAUAAAGUAUUGGGUGACCAGUCUUAACAGCAUCUAUGAUAUAAACGAGGUUCUCAUUUCACAGAACCAUUAACGUUGAUUUGGGUGGGUGGGGUGAUGUGUAAACAUUCAUAAUUAUACAAUUUCAGAAUGCUAAAAAAAAAAAGCUUCUUGCAAAAAUGUACUGCUGCUUGCAGAGGCCAGGAAGCAGAAAAUAUUAAAUGCAGUGAAUAGACAUGGAAUAGGUAUUCAGGGGGUGGGAGAAUCCUGAAAAUUUUUCCUGAGCUUAAUAAAAAAUAGUUCUAUUUCCCUUUAUGGACUGUUUCACUCAUGAAAGGAUUUCUGCACUUAAUUUAAAUCUCACUAGCCUUAUCAAAACUUUCUAUUUUCUUCAAUAUCCCUCUGAUGUUAUUUGAAAGAUGAAUCUCGUUGGAUUGAAUUUUCACAUUCAUUGAAAUCUCGGUUUGAGGGAACCCCCCCCCCCUUGGAUACAUUUCACCAGUCUUAUCACAAUGUUGAUAAUUCCUCAAGCUGAGGAGGGACCCCAAAAUUUACUUCCAAUUUUGCCUUAAGUAAAAUGUUCAUAAAAAUGCUGAAAGGAAGUUUGCAGCCAUUGGAUUGGAUCUUAAGAUCUGUUUUGCUAUCAGGCGGCCUCUUAUCUCAGAGGAAGGUGCCGUUCAUUGAACAGAUUCGAGAGAUCCAACACAUUUGUUGGUUUAGGAAGGUUUUAAGAGAAAAGGCUGCCAAAGGCAUCAUGAGGGCUCUGCGCAACUGACAUGCUUUGGUACCUGCUGUGGCAGGAUUGUGCUACAGGUGGAUUUCCCAGAGUGAGUUUUGUUCCACCGGAACACAGAGCAGGAUCUCCAAGGAAUUUCUCACACUGAACACUGACUGAAAUUAAUCCGAGCACUUGUCCAGCUCCCAUUCAUUUCAGUGGGGCUUAAGCUGUACAAAUUCCCAGAGGAUAUACCCUGUGUUCCUCUGUCUCCAUCAUAAAAAUGAGACAAGUGAUAAAGAAAAAAAAAGGUUAUUGUAUGUUUUUUUAAAAAAAAUAGAUUGAACAACAUGUACAAUAUAUUUAAAUAAUAAAAAUUAAUAAA